AUGGCGUCGACGUCGAGCUCGACGUCGGUGGACGAGAGGGAGCGCAAGCGGAAGCGGGCAGACUCCACGCCGUCGGGCGGGGCGGGGGCGGAGGCGCAGCCGUCCAAGUGGCGGACGCGGCGCGAGCACGAGAUCUACUCGUCCAAGCUCUUCGAGGCGCUCCGCCUCGUCCGCGGCGGGUCGACUGCCGCGUCGCCGUCGACGGCCCCGGCGCGCGGCCGGGCCGUGCGUGAGGCCGCCGACCGCGCCCUCGCGGUGGCCGCCCGCGGGCGCACUCGCUGGAGCCGCGCCAUCCUGGCGUCCCGCCGCCGCCGCCUCCAGGCCGCCCACCGCGCGCGGCUCCGCGCCCCGGCCUGCCCGUCGCGGCACCCCUCCGCUGCCGCGUCGGCGUCGGCGCCGGGGAAGGCCCCGGCGCUGGCGAGGAAGGCGAAGGUGCUCGGGCGGCUGGUGCCCGGGUGCCAGAAGCUGCCGUUCCCGGCGCUCCUCUCCGAGGCGUCCGACUACAUCAAGGCGCUGGAGAUGCAGGUGCGCGCCAUGACGGCCCUCGCCGAGGUCCUGGCCAGCGUGUCGUCUUCAGGUCCAGCGUCGGCCUCCGGCAGCUCAUCCUCCUCCUCCUCGCCGGCGUGA